GGUAUGCGGAGGCAGAGGCGGGGUGGCCUGGAGGGAGCAGGAAGGAGGGGCCGGCAUUCCGCAUUCUGGACUCAGGGGACAGCAGAGAGCUGGGCCUCUCCGUGCCACCGCCACCAGACAGAGCCUGACGGUGGCAGGUGAGGAAGGGGCUAGCCAGGAGGGGCUGGAGGUCCGGAGUCCCAAGGAGCAGGCGGCCAGGACUCUGGGGUCCAGACACCAGGAAGGCUGGCAGACAUAAACCCUUGAGUCCUGAAGAGGGCACCUCCAGGUGGCAGGAGCUCCCAUUCUCCACACCAUGAGCACUAGCACCGGCCCAGAGGCUGCCCCCAAACCAAGUGCCAAGUCAAUCUAUGAGCAGAGGAAACGUUAUUCCACUGUGGUUAUGGCAGAUGUUUCGCAGUAUCUAGUCAAUCACCUGGUGACAUUCUGCCUGGGUGAAGAGGAUGGCGUGCACACUGUGGAGGAUGCCUCCCGGAAGCUGGCCGUCAUGGACAAUCAGGGCCGCGUCUGGGCCCAAGAGAUGCUGCUGCGCGUGUCUCCGGACCACGUCACGCUGCUUGACCCCAUCUCCAAGGAGGAGUUGGAGUCGUACCCGCUGGGGGCCAUCGUGCGCUGCGACGUGGUGAUGCUGCCAGGCCGGAGCCGCUCGCUGCUGCUGCUCGUGUGCCAGGAGCCUGAGCGCACGCAGCCGGAUGUGCACUUCUUCCAGGGCUUGCGUCUGGGGGCGGAGCUGAUCCGAGAAGACGUCCAGGGGGCUCUGCACGACUACCGGUCUGGCCGCGGGGAGCGCAGGCCCGCAGCGCUCAGGGCCACGCAAGAGGAGUUGCAGCGCCACCCCUCACCGGCGGCCGAGACCCCUCCGCUGCAGCGCAGCCCUUCGGUCCGCGCCGUCAUCAGCAUAGGGGAGGCGGGCCGGGGGCGACCUCGGGCGGGGCCCAUCCCCGAGGUGGAGGAGCCCCAGAGACCCGGGCAGGAAGGAACCUCAGGGAACGCCAACCCAGCCUCCCCGGACCUGGGCCCCCGGGGGCCGGACCUGGCCAGUCUGCAGGCGGAGCGGGACGUGGACAUCCUGAACCACGUGUUCGACGAUGUGGAGAGUUUCGUCUCGAAGCUGCAGAAGUCAGCAGAGGCAGCCCGGGUGCUGGAGCACCGGGAGCGUGGCCGCAGGACCCGGCGCCGGGCAGCUGGGGAGGGUCUCCUGACCCUGCGGGCCAAGCCGCCCUCAGAGGCCGAGUACACUGACGUGCUUCAGAAAAUCAAGUACGCCUUCAGCCUGCUGGCCAGACUGCGUGGAAACAUCGCCAACCCUUCCUCCCCAGAGCUGCUGCAUUUCCUGUUCGGACCUCUGCAAUUGAUUGUGGACACAUCGGGCGGCCCCCGAUUUGCAAGUGACGUGCAGCGGCCGCACCUGACGUCUGAGGCGGUGGCACUGCUGCGGGACAACCUCACCCCCCGUGAAAAUGCCCUCUGGACCUCGCUGGGGGACUCAUGGACCCGCCCGGGACUGGAGCUGUCCCCCAAGGAGGGACCUCCAUACAGCCCUGAGUUCUCCAGCGGCUGGGAGCCCCCUGCCACCGACCCACACGGCCGCGCCUGGGAGGACCCGGUAGAGAAACAGCUACAGCAUGAGCGGCAACGCCAGCAGGUGAGGCUAGAGCUUCUCUUCCCCGGGAGGAACAAACUCCUCCCCCAGGUAACACAGUGGGGCUGGGACCAGGAAGUCUGGCCCUGCCUGAGCUGCUGCUGCUCUCAUCUCCUGCAGCAAAGUGCCCCCCAGGUCGCUGUCAAUGGUCAUCAACAGCCAGAGGCUGAGCCCCAGCAGGAGCCGGAGGGGAAGUGGGUACUGUGUAAUUAUGACUUCCAGGCCCGCAACAGCAGCGAGCUAUCAGUCAAGCAGCGGGAUGUGUUGGAGGUCCUGGAUGACAGGCGCAAGUGGUGGAAGGUUCGAGACCAGCAAGGACAGGAAGGAUAUGUUCCCUAUAAUAUCCUGACUCCCCACCCAGGGCUUCGGGGAAGCUGCAGCCAAAGCGCCUCCUGCAGCCUGGAGGAUGACGCUCCUCCUCCCCCACCAGCAGCACCAGCCCCAGGACCGGGCUCCUCUCGGCCCCCCUGGGACAGUUGUGAUAUCCUCAACAUGGACCCCAGAGAGAAGGAGAAAUUCUCCCAGAUGCUGUUUGUCAACGAGGAGCUGCAGGCGCGCUUAGCCCAGGGCCGCCCGGGCCCCAGCCGCGCAGCCCCGGGUCCCCGCGCCCCGGAGCCGCAGCUCAGCCCGCACUCGGACACCUCGGAGGUCCGCACCUGGCUGCAGGCCAAAGGAUUCAGCUUGGGGACCGUGGAGGCGCUGGGCGUGCUGACUGGCGCGCAGCUUUUCUCGCUGCAGAAGGAGGAGCUGCGGGCGGUGAGCCCCGAGGAGGGGGCACGCGUGUACAGCCAGGUCACAGUGCAGCGAGCACUGCUGGAGGACAAAGAGAAAGUGUCAGAGUUGGAGGCGGUGAUGGAGAAGCAAAAGAAGAAGGUGGAAGGUGACCUGGAAACAGAGGUUAUUUGACCUCCCUGGCUACUUUGCUGGAUGUUUCAAGGCAGCCUGUAGGAGAACGGACUCUGCGGACUGCUCCCGCCCACGGAAGUAGACCCCUCGCGAAGCUGCGGAAGUGUUCCGGCUCCGGUUUCCCCUGUCUCUGUAGAGUCUCCUGAGUGAGAGGACUGGCCGUGAGUGGGAGGAAGAGCCGCAUGCGGGUGCCCUGUGCAUUGUGAUCCGCUGCCCAGUCUAUAAACAGCUUCCUCAGUCUA